GAAUGAGGUUGGAUGGAAAAGAGAAACGGAAAAAACUUAAACCAAGAUUUCUUUUUUUAAAUGAAUAAAGUCUCGUGACACUAUGAUUUUCACUAUCCAUUGAUGUCAUUUUGGCCAUAAAUUCAGUUCAGUUACAGACUAUGAGGGGGAAAAGAUGCACCUGAGCAUUCCAUCACGACGAGGUUCCAUAAAUGCACCUCCAUCCCCUCAGAGGAACAGAAGAAGUGUGUUCCUUUAAGACAUUCAGGACCGUUUAGGAGGUCUUCAGUAAAAAUAGCAGAGGGGGUGUGGGAGAGUGCCCGGGCAGGAGCUGAAACUCAACCCCUGAACAUGUGUGGAGCCCCCGCGCGCAGCCUCGUGCUGAGUUCAGGGAAGAAACGGAGGUUCUGACUGCUGGAAGUCUUAGUGGUUAUUUUAACUAGUUUUAAAAAUGUAAACCAAUAUGUUUAUGUUUUUUAGUGUCUGUUGAGGAUGGUGGAGGGAAGGAUUUAUAUGGUUUAUGUUCUGUUGUGUUUGUGGAUGUAGGCUGAUGGAAUCUCCGACUGCACUGAAACGCAUCUUCUUAGAGGGACUUUGAAUUCUCUCUGUGGGACCGUGAACGCAUCAAGUGCUUGGAGCCUCGCAUUAAAAUAUGAUUUUUUUAAAUAUAUAUUGUUUAUUUCCAUAUAGUACGUUUAUUCCCAAAUUUAUUUAAUCUUUUUUUUUUUUUUUUUUGGUUGAACUCUGGAGGUCCACAUGCGGCCCCCCUCUCCCCCCCUCUGGCGGCGGGAGGGAGCGGAUGUGUGACAAUGACCGGCCGCGGCUCGCGCUCUUUCCUCCUCUGUAACGGGACUUUUUUAACCCGCACGUGAGAGCUCAGGAGCACCGAUCCGGACCUUCGAACCUCGCAGAGGCAGAGGCAAACAUGGGCACCCAGGGAACGGGACGCAAACGGUCCACCAAGAAGGAGCGCGCGACGGCGGAGGACGAGGCGCUGAACCUCAUAGCCAGAGAGGCCGAGGCCAGGCUGGCAGCAAAGCGAGCCGCCAGAGCAGAAGCCAGAGAGAUCCGCAUGAAGGAGCUGGAGCGACAACAGAAGGAGAUCUUUCAGGUGCAGAAGAAGUAUUAUGACUUGAACCCCAAAGCUGACGAGCGGCGGGACAGCAGAUGGGGGGAUAUUGAGCAGUGGAUGGAGGACAGUGAGAAGUACUCUCGUUCCUCCCGGAUUCAGACGCUGACCGACGACGAUGACCGCGUGUCGGUGGGAAGCCGCGGCAGCUUCAGGUCGGAGCUUGACUCAGUUGGGGCCUUUGGUGGGGGGAGUUCCUCCUCACAGAAGAAGUCAAAGAAAAAGAAGAAGCAUAAACACAAAGACAGAGAUAGGAACGGCUUUGAGGACGAUUACAGCGUGGUGUCCGGCAGGAGCUCCAGAAUCAGUGAUGAGAGCAGAGGCUCCCGCUCCUCCAGGAUGGAUCUGACGGCCUCUGACUUGUACGGCCUCAACGGCGUGUCCUCCUCCAGGAUCUCAGGGUUCAACGGUUAUCAGGGCUCCUUGUAUGAAGAGAGUCUGUGCAGCGCGUCCAGACGGGUCGCCAGCUGCAGCUCCCGUUCUAUAGACUACACUGGUUAUCGCAGCUCCAGAACCUCCAGCAGGGCCAGUUCAGCCUGCGUCAGUCCCGUGGAGAACUGCAGCUCCGUUGCCAGUUUUCUGCGGAGCGGCAGCGGCCUCCUAGACGAUGUCACAAUUCCUGACUUUUCCCAUGCGGAGGAGAGAGAAUUUCUUGAAAAGGGAUGUCGGGCGCCUUCUUCUCUGACGGCGACGACCCUCACCUCUCUGGGCGGGACCUCGUCCCGAAGAGGAAGCGGGGAGACGGCUUUAACGGUGGAUGCUGACAGCUCAAUCCGAGAGAUCAAGGAGAUCCACGAGCUGAAGGAUCAGAUUCAAGAUGUGGAAACCAAGUACAUGCAAAACCUCAAAGAGGUCAAGGACUCUCUGGUGGAGGUGGAGGAGAAGUAUCGUAAAGCCAUGGUGUCCAACGCUCAGCUGGACAACGAGAAGAGCAACCUGAUGUACGAGGUGGACACGCUGAAGGACAACCUUAUGGAGCUGGAGGAGCUGCUGUCCGAGUCACGCCGGCAGUAUGAGGACAAAGCUAAGGACUACGAGCGAGAGAAGCACACCCACGGCGUGCUGCAGUUCCACUUCAACGAAAUGAAGGAAAGUCUGAAGCAGAGCGAGGAGCUGCUGAACGAGAUCCGUCAGCUGCGCAUCAAGCAGGACGGCUUUGUUAGGGAGGUUUCAGACCUGCAGGAGACGGUGGAGUGGAAGGACAAAAAGAUCGGGGCCUUAGAGCGGCAGAAAGAGUACACAGACGCCAUCCGAAUUGAGCGCGAUGAGCUCAGAGAAGAGGUGGUGAAGCUGAAAGAUGUUCUGAAGAAACACGGAAUCGUCCUGGGCCCCGAUCUGAGCAUCAACGGAGACGCCGGGGAAACAGAAGGAGACGAGUCGGCGGACGCGGCGCCACGGCCGGCUCUGGACUCACAGGGCCGCUCUGUAGAAGGGAACAGCAUCCUCGAGAUUCGACUGAGAAAACUGGUGGAUGAGCGGGAAAAAAUGAUAGAACAGGUGAAGAAGCUGAAGGCUCAGCUGGAGCAGAAGACGCAGAAGAACAGCACAGACCUGAGUCCCGACGGGGAAAUCGUUGAAAACGGCAACGAUCCGAACAUCAUGGAGCUGCAGAGAGACUCCAGCAGGCAGAUCAACGACCUGAAGUUCAAGCUGGUGAAGGCGGAGCAGGACGUCACAGCUUUGGAGCAGAACGUCACCCGCUUGGAGGGCCACGUGACUCGCUACAAGUCCUUAGCAGAGAAUGCGGAGAAGGUGGAGGACGAGCUGAAGGCGGAGAAGAGGAAGCUGCAGAGAGAGCUGCGAUCAGCGCUGGAUAAGAUCGAAGAGCUGGAGUCCAGCAACAGCCACCUGAACAAGAGGCUGGAGAAGAUGAAGUCCAGCCGUGGCUUGGCUCCAACGCCGUAGCGGCCGCCGCCGCCGCCGUCAAGGAUGGACGAUCACCUGGAGGAGAACCGCCCUGCUUUCACCUCCUGAGGUUUCAUUCAGAAAACACCGACGAGCAACGUGCCAUGCCCCGCCUCCCAGGAGCUCCUUGCUGUCCAGAGACUAUGGUGGAAGCAGUGCAGCGCCGACACCGUCAGUGCACGUGCCCAAAACUCCCUCCACAAACGAAAACACCGUCUUUCUCAGAACAUCUCCUCCCCGAGGCUCCUCUGGAGGCUCAGACGUGCGCCUCCACUUCUCCUAGUCGGUCACUGGUUCGAUGCCGUGCACUCCCGCCGAAGCUGAGACUUCUCGUGAAACGUCUCGACCGGGACUCAAAGCCGAGAUGCUGCUUCACUGUUUACAGAGCUUUAAAAUGUUUGUAAGGAAACAUCCAGAAGUUAAACAUUUGUGCAAUAAAAUGUCAAACUUCA